AUGCGGCGUUCUCAGCAAAGCAGUCAUUCCGAAUGGGAUAAAAAGGAAAGUCCAGAUGACACAAGAUGCAGCAGUGCUAAGAGAAAGAGGAGAUCAUUAGGUGCACAGGAGAACAAGCACUGCAAAGAUGGUCUUCCUCAACUUCCUGGCAGUACCCUUUCAGAAACCAAAUAUGUAAAUGAAAGAGAACAUCAGGAGCGGCGCUAUGUUGAAGAAUACAGAAAUGUGUACAAUCAAGGAUGUGACACUGGGCAUCACAGCAGCAAAUCAUCAGGUCAUAGUGGGGCGAGUGGUUACAAACGGAAAUACAUGGCACAUCACGCUACCCCUCAUCCUCAGCAUUCACAGGAGAGUCAUCGAAGGAAAAGAUCCAGGAGUGUAGAGGAUGAUGAGGAGGGUCACCUGAUCUGUCAGCGAGGAGACGUACUAAGUGCAAGAUAUGAGAUUGUUGCUAUUUUGGGUCAAGGUGCUUUUGGAAAAGUAGUGGAAUGCAUUGAUCACAAAGCGGACGGCAGACAUGUAGCUGUGAAAAUAGUAAAAAAUAUUGCUACGUACUCUGAAGCAGCUCAUGCAGAAGUACAAGUACUGAGACAUAUAAACGCAUCGGAUCCCAGCAGUACACAUUCCUGUGUCCAGAUGUUAGAAUGGUUCGAGUACCACGGCCACGUCUGCAUCGUUUUUGAGCUACUGGGGCUCAGCACCUACGACUUCAUUAAAGAGAAUGGCUUUCUGCCAUUUAGGCUGGACCAGCUUAGACACAUGGCAUAUCAGAUCUGCAAAUCUGUGAACUUUUUGCAUUUGAACAAGUUGACACAUACAGAUCUGAAACCAGAUAAUAUUUUAUUUGUGACGUCUGACUAUGUCGAAGAGUAUAACCCCAAACUGAAAUGUGAGGAACGCAGAGUAAAAAACCCAGACAUCAAAGUUGUGGACUUUGGGAGUGCAACGUAUGAUGAUGGAUAUCAUAACCCUUUGGUGUCUACGAGAUAUUACAGAGCUCCUGAAGUUAUCCUAGCACUGGGAUGGUCACAGCCAUGUGAUGUUUGGAGCAUCGGAUGUAUUCUCAUCGAAUACUACCUUGGAUUCAUGGUGUUCCUGACCUGUAACAACAAAGAACACCUGGCAAUGAUGGAGCGAAUCCUGGGGCCUUUGCCAAAUCACAUGAUACAGAAAACCAGGAAACGCAAAUAUUUCUGUCGUGACCGGCUGGAUUGGGAUGAACACAGUGCUGCUGGCAGAUACGUUUCGAGCCGCUGUAAGCCACUGAAGGAAUUCAUGACCUGCCACAAUUCUGACCACGAGGACCUCUUUGACCUCAUUCAAAAGAUGCUGGAGUAUGACCCAGACAAGCGCAUUACUCUGGAAGAGGCACUGAAACAUCCUUUCUUCUUCCCCUUGAAACGGGAAAAAAGGGCACCGUCUCCUGUAACUGAGCAGGCUGACGACGAUGUCAGUCCACCAAAGAAAUAUAAAAAAUAUUAA